GUUCUUCGUUGGUUGCCAGUCGCAAACAAUUGGCUCUUUGGAAGAAUGCUGCCAGGAGCUUGGCGCGUCGAUGUAACGAUGCUGGUCACGUAUCAACUACUGCAAAUGUACAGCAGCCAACAGCUGCACAAUGUGAUGCUGCAGUACGUUCCGCCUAUAGCUUGCUUUGAUGCUGGGAACAAAACUAAGCACUGUGUGGAAAUUAAAAGAAAAUGUUAUGUUCCGUGUCCUACCUGCAAAGAUGUUUGUGCGAGAAAUGAUACCGAGGAAAGAAAAAAGUGCAUAGAAGAAAAUGAUGUGGUGUACUAUUGGUCUCCUAUGAUGGAAUAUAAACUAGGAUGCACGGAUAUAGCAUUUCCACAAUAUGUUUCGCCCGCAGAAGACCAAUAUUACGGAGCGUUGGUUGGAAACAUGUUCGUAGGAGCUUUAGCUGAUCGCUUUGGAAGACGUCUGGUUUUAUUAUGUUGCUUAUGUGCUGGUGUUCCAAUAAUGGUCCUAUCAGGGCUCCUAAAGGGUUGGUAUUAUUUCUAUAUCUGUCGUUUUCUUCUUGGAGUAACUAUAGCUGGUACAAUGGCGGUUGGAUUUUGUUUCUGUGCUGAGUUAAUCUCUACCAAACAUCGCUUCAAACUUCGAACAUUCUGCAGCUGGACCAACGGUCGUCUACUCAUGGUAUUGUUAGCGCAUAUAGCUGGCAGCUUUCGCCCUGCUGCAUUUGCCCAUGCAGCUGCAGGCUUGAUUCCCUUGUUCCUUAUACUUGCUCUUCCCGAACCUCCCAUAUGGCUCAAAAGAAGGGAGAAAUUUGAAAAAAUGAAAGAAGCAGAAGCGUACCUAAAUCGGAUUAAAGGUGUAGAAGUGAGAGAAGAGGGUGGAGCGGAUGAAGCGUCGACUCAAAAACAGGAUAGAGUUUCAUAUAUUCAAGCUCUGCGAGAUAAAGAGCUACGGAUAAACGUGUUUGUCCUCGUCGUAAUGUGGUUCACUGCUGGUUUGAGCACUUAUAGCGUUGAUUUGAAUGGUGCUGACAUGACAACAAACAUGUGGCUUGGGCAAUAUUUAAAUUCAGGAAUUGCUUCAAUAUGCCGUGUCAUUGUCGGCUUUGCCGAUCUGAAAUUUAAAUGGCUCGGACGUCGAUUGGUAUACAUUAUAUCCAUGAGUAUAGCUAUACUCGCUGCCAUCGCAUUGAUUCUUUUGCUUCUUUUCUUUGGUAGAGACAUCAAGAAAAACGUCAUAUAUCUCAUCGCUUAUCUCAUUGCUUAUAAUUCUCUUGCCGUUCAUUGGGAACCAUGUUAUAUGGGUGCAGCAGAACUAAUUCCAACAGAAGUUCGUGCGACGAAUACAGCGAUACUGAAUAUUGUCACACGUGUGGGGAAUAUCCUUGCAGGAAGAGGGGUUGCCCUACUGAAAGGCGGUGAUCAUGAAUACAUGAUCUCAGUAAUUGUUCUAAUUUCAAAUCUAAUCAGUUUUGUAACAACUGUAGCACUCUUGAAAGAGACGAAGGGUAUCAGUUUGGAUAAAGUAGGACGAUCACCACAAAAACCGAAGACGCCCUCGGUGAAGGAACAGAGCAUUCAAGGAAGCAAAGAAAGCAAGCCAUUAUUAAGUACUGAAAGUAAAACCAAGGAGGGAGAAAGUAAAAGCAAAGAAGGUUUGGAAGGGAUGGGAAGUAAAGUUGACGAAGCCAAGGGAGAUGUUUCAAAACCUGCGUCAAAGGAAGGCGCGGAAGAGCUUCCAAAAAGGGAAAGUGCAGAGAAACCGCCAGUAGAUGAAGGAUCAAAGGAACCUGAAAAAGAAUCGGCGGACAAACCGGCUGGGGAUGAAGAAUCAAAAGAGCCUGCAAAAGAGGACAGACCCCCUGAGGCUGAAGGUAGGAAGGAGCCUGCAAAGAAGGGCGAAGAAGAGAAAGGGGACGAAAACAAAGACAGCGAAUGAGGCGCCGUACAUUAAAAAAUCCUUCUAGGGGUAAACAGAUUGUAGAUUGACUCCGUUACAGAAUGAAUAAAG